CGGAUGGUCCCGGAAGCGGCGCUUAGGCGCGCGCUCCUUAACACAGUGGGACUGAGGCCCGGACUCUGUGAUCUGACAGCAACCCACCUGAUUCCCCACACUCAGUGAAGUCUUGCGAGCCUUGACACUUCGCUCCAAUCCGACAGUCUCAUCCCUAAAUAGCGCCUCCACAGAUCCCUUCAGUGAAUGCGCUACUCCAGCAGUUCCUCCUCACCUGGGGAGCGCUAAACACGUCCAAACCAGCGUCCCACACACCGAUCUGCAGCUGGGUGGCUUCAGGGCGAAAUCCACCUAGUUCCUGGGUUCCCUUUGCCAGCGCCAGGCGAUGUUCAUCCUCUUUGUAAAGAGAAUCGACCGUCCCGAGACCCUUCAGGCUGCCAAGAUCUCUAUCUAGAGGAACUGGAAUCUGACUGGAACCCUGAGCCAGAGCUUUGCCAGGGGGAAACAGAAUGUCUGCAUUGUUACAGCAAACAAAGAUCAGCCUCCAGAAGACUUAGGCAGGGCACAUCUCAGUGCACGUGGGCAUGCCUGUCAGUGCCGUCUGAUCAUCACAGACUAAUGGGACACACUUGGGGUCUCAUGGACACAGGUGCCACUGUUCUCCGGGCACCCUGGCAGCGGGUACAGGGGCUGUGAACAAUGGAAUCAAACUCUCAGAGGACUAAAGUUCCAGCUUUCUUAUCUGACUUGGGGAAGGCCACAUUGAGGGGAAUCAGGAAGUGUCCCCGUUGUGGUACGUACAAUGGAACCCGUGGAUUGAGCUGUAAGAACAAGACAUGCGGAACCAUAUUUCGCUAUGGUGCCCGGAAGCAGCCUAGUAUUGAAGCUGUCAAAAUCAUCACAGGCACUGAUUUACAGGUGUACUCUGUGCGGCAAAGAGACCGGGGCCCUGACUACCGAUGCUUUGUGGAGCUAGGUGUUUCAGAGACGACAAUCCAGACAGUGGAUGGGACAAUCAUCACUCAGCUGAGCUCUGGCCGGUGUUAUGUCCCCUCAUGUUUGAAAGCUGCCACUCAAGGCAUCGUGGAAAACCAGUGUCAGCACAUCAAGCUAGCAGUAAACUGCCAGGCAGAGGCCACCCCUCUGACGCUGAAGAGUUCAGUCCUGAAUGCUAUACAGGCCUCCCCAGAAACCAAACAGACCAUCUGGCAGUUGGCCACAGAACCUACGGGUCCCCUGGUUCAGAGAGUCACCAAAAACAUCAUGGUAGUGAAAUGCAAGGCGAGCCAAAAGCACAGCUUGGGCUAUUUGCACACGUCCUUCAUGCAGAAAAUCAGCUCCAGAAGCUUGUCAGAGCGCCGCUUCUUCUGCUCCUGCCAGACUCUGAAGUCACACAAGGCCAGCGUUCCCAAGGCUGAGGCAGCCCCGCGGUGCAUUCACUUCUUUGCUUGUCUCUGUGCCUUUGCCAGUGAUGAAACGUUGGCUCAGGAAUUCUCGGACUUCCUAAAUUCUGAUGCCAGCGGUCUUAAAGAUAUAAUUGUGCCCCAGUUAGGCUGCCACUCAGAAUCGUCUGUCUCAGCUUGUGACUCUGCUGCCUCUAAGCCACGGAAGAGGAAGAAGGAUGAAGUAUCUGGUGCACAGAUGAACAGCUCACUGAUGCCGCAAGACACAGUAACCAGCAAUGCAAGGAAGAGUGCCAUGAGAAAGCCUGUGGUUGCUUCUUCACUGAAAAGGCAGGUCUGUGGUCAGCUGUUGGAUGAGGCACAAGUGACUUUGUCCUUCCAAGACUGGCUGGCCAGUGUCACAGAGCGCAUCCAUCAAACCAUGCACUAUCAGUUUGAUGGUAAACCAGAACCCCUGGUGUUCCACAUUCCUCAGUCCUUUUUUGAUGCCUUGCAACAGAGAAUAUCCGUAGGAAGUGCAAAAAAGCGGCUCCCCAACUCCACCACAGCUUUCGUUCGAAAAGAUGCCUUGCCACUGGGGACCUUUUCCAAGUACACCUGGCAUAUCACUAAUAUUCUGCAAGUUAAACAAAUUUUAGACACCCCAGAGAUGCCCCUGGAAAUCACUCGGAGCUUUAUCCAGAACCGGGAUGGUACUUACGAGCUGUUUAAAUGCCCUAAAGUAGAAGUAGAGAGCAUCGCGGAGACCUAUGGUCGGAUGGAGAAGCAACCAGUGCUGAGACCUCUGGAGCUGAAAACCUUCCUCAAAGUUGGGAACACUUCCCCCGAUCAGAAGGAGCCAACACCCUUUAUCAUUGAGUGGAUCCCAGACAUCCUCCCGCAAUCCAAGAUUGGUGAGCUUCGAAUCAAGUUUGAGUAUGGUCACCACCGGAAUGGACAUGUGGCUGACUACCAAGAUCCAAGGCCACCCCUGGACCAGUCUUUGGAGCUGGCCCCUCUGACCACUAUCACUUUCCCUUGAGGCAAAUCAAGAGUUAAUUUUGCGGAGUUUGCACAUCCCCAACCCGACCACUGUAAAUCCUGGUAGCACUUAAUACGGUCCCUGCUAAUGAACUGCCCUUAGCUAAGGUGCAGGUGCUCAGAACAUCUGUGUGGGUGGGCACUGCUGUGUACAGUCUUCGUUAUAAACUGAGCACUUAUUUCUGACCAGAGUUUUAAAAGCAGUGAAGUCCGGGUCAUGGGCCUUCUCAUGGAUUCACCUGCAGCUCAUUUUUCGGUAAUUCUCUAAAAAGUCAGCGGCACUGGACUUUAGCCAACAGUGUGGAAAAGUCAUGAUGCCCUGGGCAGAGAGAGUGCAAAGGAUCCGCCUGAGCGCGCCGAUCCUCUAUCUUGAUGGCAA